AUGUUGCUACCCAAAGGGAAAAUGGGGUGCGGAAGAAGCAAGCAUCACUCCAGAGAAAACAGCAUGACAGACAUGGACUCCGACCCUAAAGCUAAACGCAACAAAAUGUCCAAGGACAAGAAAAAAGCAAGCAUAGAGAAGAAGGGACAUUCAGAAGUGACAAUUGAUCGCCCUGUCCCUAGUGUUGUUGGUAAGAGAGGACAGGAAGUGGAGUCAGGGGUGCUAAAGUCACGGCGUCCCACACCAGCCCACAACAAUGGAACUGUGGUACAAACUGUGCAGACAGAAAUUAAAGUGACGGUCAACGAAGAAAAGGUUAUUCCUAAUGAAAUAACACGUGGUAGCCUUGGUACAAAAGAAAAAACAGGAGAUGGCCAAAAUCAAUUUAUACGAGUAACAAAUAGCCAGAUAGAGUUUUUCAAAAUGCUUGAUGAGAAGAUAGAACAGGGCCAGGAAUUCCUGUCAGAAGAUGAUGUGUCACAGGCCAGUGAUCAGGCUACCACAGACAAGAAAUAUACGCAAUGA